AUGGAGGAGGCGAUGCAUCAGACGGAAGAUGAAACAUUGCGCGGGGGCACCGUCUCCAAAGUGUGCAAACAGCGAAACCCCUACAGUGUGCUCAAACCCUUCCCCGGGAAGAAGGUGAUGAUGGCCAGGAGGUACGAGAGACCGACCAUGGUGGAGAUCCCGCAGCUGGCCAUUGGCGCUGGAGCAGGAGGAGCUCCCCAUCAGAGUCACCACCACCCGCCGGUUGCCAUAAACACCGGGCAGCAGCAAACAUCACUACCACCAUCAGCACCACCAACAGCAGCAGCAGCAUUACCCUUACCAGAGCGGCGUCCAACAGUAGGCUGGUCCCGGGAGCAGUAUCACAGCAACGUCUACGUUUGCUUCGGCAUCCCCAGUCGCACCUUGGAGCGACCGCUCCAGGACCAUCCUCCCGUCAGGUACAACAACAUAUCCACGAACCAGCCGGCAGCUGAGAGCAGCAACAUCAACCUAAGUGCAGAGAGCCGCUUAAUACUUGAUGCCUUUGCACAGCAAUGCAGUCGAGUCCUGACUCUCCUGAAGGACAAUGGAAAACUUCUAGACACCAACCAUCCUCAAGUUAUUUCGUGUGUAAAAAGGGAGAGUGGAUGUUAUGAUGAGCACACAGGACAGUGCCAACUUGUCAGAGGUGGCCCUGUACAGCCACAAACAGCAGGAAACCCAGAAAUGGAACUGGAGUACGUGCAGAAGAGACAUCAAACCUCAGCCUUGCUGCGGGUAUUUACUGAUUCCCUUCAAAGUUAUCUCCUGGCCGGAAGUCGACCUUCACAGAGUAACGUAGAAGUAAGUGAGUGCAGUCAUGUGACAGAAAUGGAUCCACUUUCCACGUCUCCUACCCACACGUUGGGAGGCUGGACAUCCCCAGCAACGUCAGAGUCCCAUGUGCAUCCGUCGUCUACAUUUCCUGAGGAGGAAGAAGAGGAUGGCUACUGUCAGAGGUGCCAAGAGUUGGAACAGGAAGUAGUUUUACUCCAGCAGGAAAAUGAUGAGCUGAGGAAAACCUUGGAUAACAUUCCAGUGCCCUGCCAGACUGUUCUUGAUUAUUACAAGACUGUCCUUCAGCAUCACAACCAACUCGUUCAACCAGUCUCAGAGGAGCAGCCACCAGAGGGAAACAAACAGUUGUUGACCAACUAUCCAGUCUAUAUCACCAGUAAACAAUGGGACGAGGCUGUCAAUUCAUCUAAAAAAGAUGGCCGUCGACUACUUCGUUACCUCAUUAGAUUUGUGUUCACAACAGAUGAAUUGAAGUAUUCGUGUGGCCUGGGGAAAAGGAAACGAUCAAUGCCACUAGGGGAGCCAGGGCCUGAGCGGCGUCCUCUCGACCCAGUCAAAGUAACCUGUCUCCGAGAAUUCAUCCGGAUGCAUUGCACCUCCAACCCUGAUUGGUGGAUGCCAUCAGAAGAACAAAUUAACAAGGUCUUCAGUGAUGCUGUUGGGCAUGCUCGACAGGGACGUGCUGUGGGUACAUUCCUUGGUGGCAGUGGUCCCUAUUAUGAAGGCUAUGACCAUCAGAUGUCACAGGAUGAAGUGUUCAACAAGGGGUGCCACGAGGGUGCUGGAGACUGAGCCCACACUGUUUGAUGUAACUGCCAGGCUGGUGUAGAAAAUGAAUGUAUAAUACUCCAUGGUUGUAUUGGUGUUGACGCCAACUUGAUAUGAUGCAAAUCAAUUUAAAAUUAGAACAUUUAAUUAAAAUAAGAUUUCCUACAGAAGAGAUACCAAAAGUGACCUCAGAGGUUAACCUACUUUGACUGUGAUUAAUUUGGUAAAUAUCCAUUGUCCUGAACACCUGAAGUGCUAUCCCAGGCUUGGGACUGAGGAAUGUUACUUAUCUGACCAAAUUAAAUAUCAUUCAGCCCAGAUAAGGCUAUAGCAUUCUUUUGAAGUAACACUUGAAAGUAGUUUACUUCACUUAUUUAUUUAUGUGGUCUAAAAGCAACAUAAAAUCAAAAGUAACUGUAGUUGAAAUACAUCAAGGCCAAAUCUCGGGCAUCCAAGCUCUAGUUAACUCAUAAACUAAUAGAAGAGUAUUGUCAUUAAAAUCUGGAGUCUGUCCCAACUCGCUUGUAUUACUGGCAGUAUUUCAGAGAUGUCAAAUUGGGAAUUAGGCUUGUAGUCACAAAGACAUCUUAACUGUGUGGUAAUAUGGUUUACCAAAUGUAAAACUUUGCCCAGUAUCAUCCUGUAAAUUCAAUCCUUGCCACUUUACCAACUUCAUCAUGUAGCAGUUCAGAAAUGUAGCACCCUUGUCAAGGGAAUCAAGUAGAAAUAUGAUAAUUCUACAGCAUGACAAAAGAAACUGAGGCAGGUAAGUAGCAUUCCCUUCAGAAAUGCCUAUCUGCCCAAUUAUCUCAGACACUGGCUUUGGUUAUAUUGCACUUUGUUUGAAUACCUUCUGUCCAUGUAUACAAGUGCAUUUAACAAUGAAUGUUGUGGCAUUGUAUUACUUGUAUUAAAAGUAAUUUUAUUAAGGAAAAUUAAUUUUGAAGGUAGAUAAUUAUUCUAUCCACAGGAGAUGUUAUUUGAGGCA